GCGGACCAUCCGUGUACACUGCGUUCAAAUCCAGCCAUACACAGCACUUUUCACGACUUUCUUCACUUAAUAAUACUAACCUUGAUAAUCUUCUCUAAUAUAAGUAUUAUUGUGUGCGGGGACUGACUGCUGGACGCGCGUGAUAUAAAACACCAUUGAUCGCGAGCACAGCAUCGGGUGGGUUUCUGCGCCAAGAGGAGACAAGAAAUGAUCUGGACUCUGAACCGCUGAUCACCAACAGAAGUAGGCAUGCCAUCCUGAAGGAUCACCCUCUGAGAGUUGUUCACUACAAGAAUAAUUCUUAGCCGGAUUGGAGAAUUCAUUAUGGUGAAUGUGCACAACUUUUUGGCUGCGGGAUUCGCUGGUCAUGCGGCACUGUGCAGGAAUAUGAAAAGUUGCUAAGUAAAAAAAGAGAGAGAAUCGAGAGAGAGAGCAGACACUAUCAUGUCUCGCAAUCAAAGUCGAGCCACCAGCCUGGACGAGAAGAGUGCCACGCCUGGCCACAAGAGCUCCGUCCCCUCACACAAGAGCUCCACCCCCACUCACAAGAGUGCAUCAUCAUCCUCUUCCUCUCAGAGAGACAGUCGACAGGAGACAGAUAAUUGGGAGAUCAUUGAGGGGCUGAAGAUUGGACAGACUCAUGUCCAGCGGCCAGAGAAACAUGAAGGUUUCAUGCUGAAGAAGAGAAAAUGGCCCCUGAAAGGCUGGCACAAGCGCUUUUUUGUGCUGGACAACGGGAUCCUGAAAUACUCCAAAUCUCCUGUAGACAUUCAGAAAGGAAAGCUUCAUGGCAGUAUAGAUGUGGGGCUGUCCGUCAUGUCCAUUAAGAAGAGAGCUCGCCGCAUCGAUUUGGACACAGAAGAGCACAUCUACCACUUGAAGGUGAAGUCACCAGAUGUUUUUGACAUCUGGGUUUGCAUGCUGCGUCAUCAUCGUUUGUUCCGUCAGAACGAGAUUGUUCGUUCUCCUCGUGAUGCUACGUUACGGACCUUCCCUCCGUCUGGCAGCGCAGAGUUACUGCAGACCAACCCCUCCAGCACACACCAAAACAAGCAGGUUAAAUCCAGUUGUCUGCCCUGGCAGCUUCCUCCAUCCUGCAGUAAUGGCCAGAGUAAAGUGGCGGCCUGGUUGAAGGAGUCAGAGGAGAUGGAUAAAUGUGCAGAAGAACUCACCUACUGCCAGUCUAGUCUUCUGGAAUUGAGUCAACUGCUGCAGAGUUUGGAGAUCUUACAGAGAACACAGUCAGCCCCUAAUUUCACCGAUAUACAGGUUCCCCUCAGUGCAAGUAUGUCUCAAAUGCGUCUCCACUCCUCUAAUCCAAACCUAUGUGUGGAGCUGGCUGAUUUUCAAACCCCUGUCAUGCAUCUGACUGACAGUAUCAACAGCACAAGUGACUACAUCAAACUGCAAGAAGAUUUCUGCAUUGUUGCACAAAAGGUGCACUCUCUGCUGAAGUCUGCUUUCAACACUGUGGCCAUAGAGAAGGAGAAGAUUAAACAGGUGUUGUUGGAACAGGAACAAACUGGCCAGUCAAUUCAGCUUACGACUCUCCGCCGCUCCCUGUCACAGGCCUUGUCCCAGAAUGCUGAGCUGAAGACCCAUCUGAAUCGGAUUCACUCUGAAUCGGUCUUGGCUGAUCAAGUGGUCAGUGUGAACAUCAUCAGCAGUCCUGAUGAGGUGGGUGAGUCACUUCACGUGGGCAUCCCUCUCUCUGAACAGGUCUCCGAUGAGAGCAGACUCUCUAUGUCAGAGUCAGUGUCUGAGUUCUUUGAUGCUCAGGAGGUGCUACUGUCAGCCAGUUCAUCAGAGAAUGAGGCAUCUGAUGAUGAGUCCUAUGUCAGUGAUGUGAGUGAUAACAUUUCAGAGGACAAUGCCAGCGUCACAGAUAAUGUUUCAAGACAGAUCCCAAAUGGUGAUCUGGCCAGUGGUGCGUUGCAUAAUGGUAGGCGCACGUGUCUUCCUUCCCCCGCCCCUGACACCUCCAACAUUAACCUGUGGAACAUCCUGAAGAACAACAUCGGGAAGGACCUGUCUAAGGUGUCCAUGCCAGUGGAGCUAAAUGAGCCCCUGAACACCCUGCAGCACAUGUGUGAGGAGCUGGAAUACACUGAACUACUGGAUAAAGCUGCUCAAACUGAUGACCCCUAUGAACGCAUGGCAAUCGUUGCAGCAUUUGCCGUUUCAGGAUAUUCAUCCACCUAUUACAGAGCAGGCAGUAAACCCUUUAACCCUCUGCUGGGGGAAACAUAUGAAUGUAUCCGGGAAGACAAAGGAUUCUGCUUCUUCUCUGAACAGGUGAGCCAUCACCCCCCCAUCUCCGCCUGUCACUGCGAGUCACAGAACUUCACCUUCUGGCAGGAUGUCAGAUGGAAGAAUAAGUUUUGGGGGAAGUCUAUGGAGAUUCUUCCCAUAGGAACGUUAAAUGUCAUGCUGCCAAGUUAUGGUGAUCACUAUGAGUGGAACAAAGUGACAACAUGCGUCCACAACAUUCUGAGUGGCAGACGAUGGAUUGAACAUUAUGGAGAGGUCACCAUCAGAAACACUCGCGACACUACCUACAUCUGCAAACUCACCUUUAUUAAGGGUAAUUACUGGAGCUCUAAUGUGAAUGAGGUGCAGGGCUCUGUGAUGGACAAGGAGGGGAAGGUCUUUCACAGGCUGUUUGGCAAAUGGCAUGAGGGUCUUUACUGUGGAGUUCCACCUUCAGCUAAGUGCAUUUGGAGACCAGGGUCAAUGCCCACAGACUAUGAGCUGUACUACGGCUUCAGCAGGUUUGCUAUAGAGCUGAACGAGCUGUUCCCAGAACUGAAGGAACUGCUGCCCUCAUCAGAUGCACGAUUCAGACCUGACCAGAGGUAUCUGGAGGAAGGAAAUGUCCAGAUGGCAGCAUCUGAAAAGCAACGAAUAGAAGAGCAGCAGCGUCACAGGAGGAAGUGGUUGGAGGAGAACAACAUCAGAUAUCAGCCACGAUUCUUCAAGAAGGUUAUGGACAGUAACCAUAGGGAGAGAUGGGUUUCUAAUAACACAUACUGGGAACUGCGCAAGGACCCAGGCUUCCUCAAUCUAGAGAACCCUCAACUGUGGUAGGAUCAACAUAUCCGUGCUGAUGACGCCUUCCCUGCUGACUACAGAUGCUUACUAUGCAGGACUCUGCUGAACAGGAGAAGCCCUGGGUCUUUCCUCUAGAUAUGGAUUUUAUCUCCAGAAAAAAAAAAUUGAAGAGAACAGACUUUCCACGUCACUUGAGCAGACCCCACCUCCGUGAUCAUCCUCUCCAUAGUAAUACAGAGACAGCGCUGUUGUCAGGGCAACAGUAAGAGCAGUGGAGCUGUCCACAUGAAGCCAGUUGUGCUUCCUGUUGUCCUUGCCUUAAAAAGUCACUAUUCAACAACAUAGUUUUAUGCUUUUAUUCGUAAUCCCUGAACUUCUGAAAAUUACUGGUUUAAGAUUGAUUACAUUUGUUCUUGGUUACACCAUUAUAUCUACAGUAUAUUCUGCAUGUGUAGAUGGCUGCUUUCAUAUGUUACACUGUGUCCUAGUGGGGCGUGAAGCGAUAAAGCAAAAAGUGAUAAAAGCUAUCUCUUCCAUUAUAAAUCUGAGCAGCGAGCAACAGGGCAUUUUGUUGAUCGCUUGAUUUCUAUUUCUGCAGCAUUAUGCUGGGUAGCUCCUCCCACUGCAAACUCUCAUUGGUUCAAAAUCUCACUCCACAUAACAGUACAUUUAAAGCAAUAGUUCACCUCAAAAAUCUGCAGCCAUAUCACCCUGCAGCUCUUGCUUGGUUGCCCACUAAAGCUAAGCAGGGUUGAGCCUUGCCAGUACCUGGAUGGUAGAUCUCCUGGGGAAAAGUUUGGUUGCUGCUGGAAGAAGUAUUAGGGAUGCCAGCAGGGGGUGCUCACCCUGCGGUCUGUGUGGGUCCUAAUGCUCCAGUAUAGUGAUGGGCACUCUAUACUGUAAAAAGGCACUGUUCUUCAGAUGAGAUGUUAAACUGAGGUCCUGACUCUCUGUGGACAUAAAAAUUCCAAUGGCACAUCUUGUAAAGAGUAGGGGUGUAACCCCAGUGUCCUGGCCAAAUUACCCCCAUUGGCCCUUAUCUUUCAUGGCCUCCUAAUAAUCUCCUUCCCUGAAUUGGCUACAUCUCUCUACUCUCUCCUCUCCACCAAUAUCUGGUGUGUGGUGAGUGUAUUGGCGCACUAUGGCUGCCGUCGCAUCAUCCAGGUGGAUGCUGCACACUGGUGAUGGUUGAGGAGAGUCCCCCUAUACUAUGUAAAGUCCUUUGAGUACCUAGAAAAGCACUAUAUAAAGAUAAGGUAUUAUUAUUAUUAAAAAUUAUAAUUCUCUUAUCAUUUACUUACCCUCAUGCUGUCUCAAACUCAUUUCAGAAGACAUGAAUUAAACCAAUCUAGUAGUAUGGAUUACAUGUAUGCUACUUUUAUGUCCAUUUUGGAGCUUGAAAAUGUUGGACUCCAUUGACUUGCAUUGCCUGGAUAUAAGCACAUAAUAUAUCCAUGAAAAUAUCUUUGUGUUAUGUUAAGAGAUGCUAGUGGUUACCCGUUACCUUCUUACCUACCUUCUGUUUAACAAACUGUGUGCUUAGGUGAAGUAAUGUGAAAAGAGGAAAAGAAUUUGAAAAAAGAAAGCAUAUGGCUAGCAGUGGAUGAUGCGUCACCAUGAAACCGCCAGCCCAAACCGUAGUCUUGCUCGUGAGUCAUCCCAAGCUGACUCUUCUUAGUAGUUUUGUUGGAAUCCAGUUCCCCCUGGCAAAAACAGCAUUAAUAUAAUGCCAAUAAUAUUCACAUAUGUGUUGUACAAGUCACGGUUUAUAUCAGUAAAGAGUAGAUGUUGGUGGCAAACGUUUAAACUAGAAGAUUUUGUAUGAACUGUAAGAUUAAUGACAACGUUUUUGAAAUCCAUCUUGAAUUAACUGUGGAAGUGCACAUACGUAGAUGAAGUCCUUUUUAUUUGACUGAUGAAGGCUUCAGUUGGCAUUAAUGUAUUGUCUAUGUGUUCCAUUUUAAGAGAGUAUAGUCCAUCUUUUGACCAAGAUGAUGCAGGCAGAGGUCAGUGAAUGGCAUUGCAGUCCAGCUGGAAGCUUGUGGCAGUACAUUUUGGUGAAGUCCAUCCUAAGUCUGAGGUUCAGGCAGUGGCCAGUGAAGUAUCCCAUGUCUAACGGAUUGAAGUUGGCAGGAGUUCAUCCUCUGUGAAGUCCAUCGCGGGAGACUGAAGGGAUGUCUGUUUGCACAGACUGCAGUUAGUAGUCAUCACUCAGCGACACAUAGCGGUGGAGGUGGGACACUGGGCAGGACCGGAGCUGGAUCUGGCAGGCUCUGGUAACUUCAGGAUAUGUAUGUUCUUUUUCCGGCAGACCUAACUAAAGCAGCAUAACUAUGAGUUGAUGGAUAAAUUAGGUGUAUGUCUGGCUAAAUAGAUGAGUCUUUAGUCUAGACAUAAACUGAGAGUGUGUGUAUGAGUCACGAACAGUAUUAGGAAGACUAUUCUGUAGUUUAAAAGUCAAAUGGGAAAAGGAUCUACCUCCUUUUGUGGAUUUUGAUAUUCUGGUUAUUAUUAAAAGCCUGGAAUUUUGCAUUCGCAGUGAACGUGAUAUAUUAUAGCAUGACAGAAGGUUGUUUAAGUGCUGUGGAGCUAGACAAUUCAAAGCUUUGUAAGUAACAAUGUAUACGAAACUUAACAGCUAGCCAAUGAAUCAACAAUAAAAUGGGACUAAUAUGAUCAUAUUUCUUGGUUUUAGUCAGCACUCUACUCUAUAGUUUAUUUACUGAACCUGCCUGACAUCUUCCCAGUAACGCAUUACAAUAAUGUAGUCUUGAGGUCAUGAACGCAUGAAUUGGUUUUUCUGCAUCAAAACAGAGCGUGUCAUAAUUUGGCAGAGGUGGAAGAAUGCUGUUCUACAAACAAUGGAAAUGUCAUUUUCAAAGGACAGAUUGGUAUCAAAUAUAACACCUAAAUGAUUUGCUGUAGAAGAUGGCAUAACAGUACAUACAUCAAGAGUCAACUUAUAUUCUAGGUGUGUUGCAUUAACUAGCUCAACAGUGCCAAGACCUGACAGCAGCCCUUCAUCUAAAAUCUUAAUCAGUUCUAUAGAAAUUCAUACGAGUUAGAGACAGCAUAAUGGUGAGUAAAUUAUGAUUUUGGGUGAACUAUUUCUUUAACAUCAAAUAUGGUUUUAUUCUCUGUGAUCGUAGUUUCACGUUAAGUCUGAAGAGAAAAAUGCCUUGACGUUGGAAUCUUGUUGCAUCACGACUGGUUAAGACAGACUAGUGGUGGAAUUUGUGGUCCAUAAUGAUACACAUUUUUAUGAAAAGUGAUUCAAAAGUGAUUUUGGAAAAAUAAUGAAUGUUCCUUUUUUAUUUAAAACAAUGUCCAGAGUAGACUAAUGGUAGACGUGUCUUAUCCAUUGCAAUGAAACAACUUUAUCAAUAAAUAUAAUAUUGGGCCUUAUUCAUUAAAUUCAUGAGCAGAACAGAUUUGUUCAUAAAUAUUUAGUAAAGCCAUUCUUAUGUAAAUUUGUCUAGUAAAUUCAAUAAGACCAUUUACGUAUGGUAAAAAUGGAUGAAUGAACAACAAGUAUGAAUAAGGAGGAUAAGGACAAAUUUGUUCCGCUUGUGUUUCAAGAAAAAGUCCCAUUAUUUUGAAUAAUUAGUUAUCUUUUAUAUCUACUCGUCAUCAUUUUGCAAUCUCUUUUUGACUCUCUUUUUUGUCAAACAAACAGUUAUAAGCCUUUGUAUCCAAAACAAAUUGAACUUGUAUAUCACCCACCCCUAAUAAGGACUCAAAACAAGUCAAUUUAGUUUGAUUAUUUUAGUGGUAGAAUUGCUUGGCAUUUAAAGGUGUGCAGUGAUUGGU